AUGCUCUGCAGGGUUGAGCAGAUACGCAGGUGUGCUGCUAGUUUGAGUCAAGCCGUCCAUCAGGUAGCCGCAUGCAGGCAGAAGCACACGCUUCCCGACCUGACCUACGACUAUGGUGCCCUUGAGCCUCACAUCAAUGCCGAGAUCAUGCAGUUGCACCACAGCAAGCACCACGCCACGUACGUCAACAACCUCAACGUGACUGAGGAGAAGUAUCAAGAGGCGCUCGCAAAAGGAGACGUGACGGCACAGGUCGCCCUUCAGCCUGCUCUCAAGUUUAACGGCGGAGGUCACGUUAACCACACCAUUUUCUGGACCAACCUGUCUCCCAAUGGUGGUGGUGAGCCACAAGGGGAGCUCAUGGAGGCCAUCAAGCGAGAUUUUGGCUCAUUCCAGAGCAUGAAGGAGAGAAUGUCUGUUGCCACAGUGGCCGUUCAAGGCUCAGGCUGGGGCUGGCUGGGCUACGACAAGCAGAGCGGAAGACUCUCCAUUGCGGCUUGCGCCAACCAGGAUCCUCUGCAAGGGACCACAGGUCUCAUCCCUCUCCUGGGUAUCGACGUAUGGGAGCACGCCUACUAUCUUCAGUACAAAAAUGUCCGGCCAGACUACGUUAAGGCCAUCUGGAACGUCAUCAACUGGGAGAAUGUGAGCGAGCGUCUACAGUCUGCCAAGAAAUAG